AUCUUCCUGUUUACUGUCUGUUUUCCUUUAGCUUAUAGAAACCAAUAUCGUGCAGACGUGCAUUGCAACAUCAGUGCGCAGCUCAAACAGUCCCGUCACACUCAUACGACUUUUAUUUGUGAAUAUGUUGGAUGCAAUGUCCACAGUCGCUAAGGAGACGAGGAGACGUCUGAAGACACUGGAAACGUCGUAGUCCAGCGCGCAGAGUCGCAGGUCAGAGUUAGCUCUCGGGAGCUGUGUAUCAAGUGCAUGAAGUGUGAAUAAACCGCGGGACUAGACACAUACAUUUAUGCACUAUUGCGAAAUCAUCCGGCUUUAACUGUGGAAAUUGAUCAAAACUGAAACCUGUGUUUGGUCUUUGUUACCGCUGUGCUAACCCCCGUUGGCUGUGCAGUUGUGUAGCCGAGGACCGACAGAAGGAGCCACCACGGCCCUGAAUUCUCGACGAGUCCCCGGCUCCGGCCCGUUUCAGCGGGCAGUCAGGAAGAAGUUGGCCGGGAAGGCAUGGCCUGGCCGCUCUUCCAGAUCCAAAAGCCAGGGCGCUGCUGUGUAUGAGGGAGGCCACGUCAGGUUACAGGCCCCUGCCGUGGGUAGAGGCUCUGCCAUGGCUGCCUCUGGACUGUCAUUGAGAAAAAGCGAGGAAAUAGUAGAUUUGAUCUAUUUGUUCUCCAAGACGCAGUACAGAGCAAAAGAAGUAACCCCGCAGGUAGAGGAAAUUGAGAGGCGCACCCUCGACUUAUUCUCAAGGGAUUACAAGUACAGCAUCAUCCACAACUUUAAUGGAGAAGUGUGCGGCCACUACCCACGGCAAAUAGUGUUCUUAGAGCAGGAACUGGAGUGUGAGAGAAGCAGAUCUGAUGGCACUGUGCACAUCAGUAAGCUUCAGGACCUGGUAAACAGGAGUAAGCUUGCCCGGUGUAGGGGAAGAUUUGUUUGCCCUGUCAUCCUCUACAAGGGAAAGCAUAUUUGCCGGUCAUCUACUCUAGCAGGCUGGGGGGAGCUCUACGGCCGAACAGGCUACAACUACAUAUUCUCAGGGGGCGCUGAUGACACAGGAACAGAGCCAGAAGAGGUUCUAGAGGAUGACAGUGGAGUGAGAAAUGGUGACUCCCAACUGUUUGAUAAGGUUCGUGGUCAUGACAUUAAGCUGCUGCGCUACCUUUCUGUUCGCUACAUCUGUGAUCUAAUGGUAGAGAAUAAGAAGGUUAAAUUUGGUCUCAAUGUAACCUCUUCUGAAAAGGUGGAUAAAGCUCAACGCUAUGCAGACUUCACUCUGCUUUCAGUGCCUUAUCCAGGGUGCGAGUUCUUUAAGGAGUACAAAGACAGAGACUACACAGCAGAAGGUCUGGUUUUUAACUGGAAUCAGGAUUAUGUGGAUGCGCCUUUGACAAUCCCUACAUGCUUCACUCAGAACCUAAACAUAGACUGGACCCAGUACCAGUCAUGGGACUUGGUGGAACAGACUCAAAACUACCUGAAACUGCUUCUUCAUAUCAUUAACAGUGAUGCGAUGCCUCUUGCUUCAGAUGAGAGUGGGCUGCUGGUGCACUGUAUAUCCGGGUGGGACAGGACGCCUCUGUUUGUCUCUCUUCUCCGGCUGUCUCUGUGGGCUGAUGGUAUUGUGCACGCUAACCUAGAGCCAGCGGAGAUUCUGUACCUAACCAUCGCGUAUGAUUGGUUCAUGUUUGGCCACAUGCUGCCUGAUAGACUCUCCAAAGGAGAAGAGAUAUUUUUUUUCUGCUUCAAUUUUUUGAAGCACAUUGUUUCAGAGAAGUUCUCUGCUGUAAAGAGACUGAGAAGAAAGAAUUCACAGUUCAAAGAUAAUGAUUUCACUGUGGACGACCUCUGUCAGUUAAAGACUAGAGAUCGUGGCAGUGUGACCAGUCUGAGCAGUGAGUUUUCUCUGAUCACUGAGGAGCUUGGACCUUCCAGUCUUAACAGUGACACCACAGACCUAUUUAUGAACCAACCAGCUGCCGCAUGCUGGAGGAAAGGCCCAUCCCCUUCUCCUCAGGUGAUGUGGAACAGAGUGGAGGAGAGCACGCCACAUCAGCUCAGUGAGGCCAGGUCCUCCAGCUCCUCAUCCUCCAAUCAGUCCGACCAUGGGCCCACACACACUGGCAGCAGUCCCCUAGCUGUUCCCGGGAGAAGGUUCAUUGUAGACAGUGCCCGCUCGGCCUCAUCAGUCUCCACAGAAUAUGGAAGCUGGCAGAUUGUCUCAGGGUGUGGCAGCAUUCAUGAUCACGCAAACUUUCCUGUACCCACAGCCUCAGUCUCCUCCAGCUCAUCUGUGGUAGCUCCUAUCUACGACUCCCCCCUGCCCUUCAGUUUUCAGGAAGAUGGGCCCAGUGGGCGCAUGUGUCCCUUACCUCCUGAGCGUCAGACCCGGCUUGAAUCGGUGCGGGAGAUCUUCUUGGCUGCUUACAGCUCCACAGUGGGUCUCAAGUCUUCCACUCCCAGUCCUUCAGCUGCCAUCUCCGGCCUGCUGGAGCAGUUUGCCCGUGGUGUUGGCCUCCGAGGACAUAAUGCUAUUGUCUGAAACCUUGAAUUCUCCUGCCUCUGUUACUCCUGUCAAACAGGCUAAGCCAUGUCUACCACUGCUCUGUCUGCUGCAAAAACAAAGCCUUCAAUUCCAGUUUGAUGAUUUUUUUUUCUCUUUUUUUAUGCUCCGAACACUUUUGCCUGGAUUUUCAAAGGGAUGUCUCUGCUAAAAGGGAUAGAGGAAGGUUUUUAUGUUAAAUGGCAGAUGUAUGUGAUUAUUCUUUUAUGGGAGAACCUUUCUGAACAUUUGAUCACUUAAUUAUUUUAACCCUGUUGCUCUUCCACAUUCAAAGAAGGAAAGAAGGUUGAGGUGGUGAAAGCACUUGAGGAAUAGAAAUACUGUAUAAUAUUUUAAAUAACAUGGGCUUUGCAUGAAAGCUGGUUUCUGCCUCUGGAAAAAACACCCUCUUUGAAUUUAUUUUAUAUUUUUCAACUUUUAACUGUUAUGGGUAUGAAUAGAAAAAUGUGUGUAUGGCACAGUUUGUGGUUGUAGCUUACUGGUGGUAUGUUGGCACUGGACCUACAAAUAUACACACACACACAGUAAUUUUAAUUUUAUAUUAAUUUGCAACUGUGUGAGUGGUUGAUAUUGAUAUACUAAGGGGUGGGAGUAUACUAAAGGUUAGGUUUUAAUUUCUCAGACAUAUAAAGUCAAACGUUUUGUAAAACUGACUUAACUGGAUAAUUUUCAUUUACACUGACCAUCAAUGCUUCUUUCAAGGCCUCUAAAAUAUAUUGAACAAUAAUGAUGUGCACUGCAUGUGGGUCUUGACAUAAAGACAUGAGCUCGGUCAUUAGUCACUGUCUGUGACUAAUGUUUUAUUUAGUUAUUUUAAAGGUUUCCUUCAGCGACUUACCUCAGGAACUUCUGUGCCUUUUAAACAGUUUUUGUGCCAAGCCUGUUAUAUGUUGAUGCUUUGAAGCGUUCAAACUUUUACCAGUUACUCUGGUAUCUUGGGGAAGAAUUUAGUCGAGGGGCAUUAAGCCCAUUUGACAUUGUUUAAUUGAUAAAAAUAAAAAAAGUUAAACUACCCCUACAAA